GCAAACAUCAAAGACGCAAACCAUUUUAGAUAUCACAAAAAAAAAUUUUCACUUAAAAUUUUAAGUGUUUAGUGUAAAGUCUACUGAUUCUAACUGUUUAAAAUAAUGGCAAACCAACCCCAACAUAGCAUUGACGAAGACGAUCCAGAUAUUCUAGCUUUACGCGAAGUUGCUUUGAGUUCACUUAUAUCGAAAGAGAAACGAAAAUUUGAAAACUAUUUGAAUAAUGCCAAUCACCAAAAUUACGUUCAAAAUCAUCCCACGCAACAUCAGGGACCACCACAAUCUAACAGUGAACAUCUGGGGCAUCACAUAAAUGAAAAAGGACAUAUGAAUUAUGAUGGACAACAUGCUGCCAACUUUUCUUUUGCACCUGUAAAUCCAAACGUUUAUAAUAAUGCUUAUCAUCCUCCAAUAAUUGCACGUCCAUCGUUCAGGCCUCGAGGAUUUACUCCUCAGCCAAUGCCAAUUGUACAACCACAUUUGAAUCCAAACUUUAUUGUUCAUCACCCAAUUAUACCGCAACCAGCAACUUUUGUUCCAACCACACCAGAUAUGCAUGCUAUAAUGCCAAUUGACGAAGAUAUGCCAUUGCUACCGGACAAGAUGAAGAGUCCUUUCGAGCCUACACCACCUUCAAGAUUAUCACCACGUAGUGCAGAGUUUGUAGCUGCAAAUGCAGAAGCAAUGCGUAGACAAAGACGACGAUCUUUUUCUCCUGGCCGAUCAAGAUCAAGGUCCCCAUACAAAUAUCAUCAAAAAAGUCGAUCUAGAAGUCGCUCACCAUAUUAUAAAGCGCAAGUCUCGCAUAUUGCAAGAAAGCGAACGAAAUCAAAGUCAAAGUCACCAUACAGCAACAAAUUCAUACGAAAGAGUCGCUCACCAAACUCACGUUUAAAGAUUCAAGAAAAGCGUUUGUCACCAAAACAUUCCGACGAGAGAGGAAAUAAACGAGAGCAAAAUUUUAAAAUUAAUGGCAAUGGAGUUAGUCGUGAUCGUCACGGAAAUGAACGCAGACCUUUAAAUUCGAGACCUUCACGAGGCUCGCCAAAAACAUUUGAUAAUGUAAACAAUAAUGGAAGGAAAGAAAAGAAGAAAGGUGAAGAUGAUAAAAUUAUCAAUGAGACAUCUCCAAAAGAAAAAUCACAACAGCAUGAAAAUAAAACAUCACAGAGACAAGAAAUUCGUCAAAAGACUGAGCAAGAGAUUGAAGAUGAACUUCUUGCUUCAACUGAUUCGGAAGCUGAAUCGUCAAAAGUUGAAGAUGAUGGACUAAAGAUGACGUUGGACGAGAAAGAUUUAGAUUUUCUUGAUGACGACGAAGAAGAAUCGGAGAAUGAAGGUCGUUUUAAAAGUAAAAGUUCAACAUCAAAUCAGGAGAAUAAGAAGAUGACAGGAAACACUUUCAAAUCAUCAUUUCCAUCAAAGACUUACGAAAAGUCGAAAUCGUUUACUUCAAGUGACAAAAAUUAUUCACGUUACGAUAAUAAACAAAGAAAGAAAUUUAACGAUAGAGAAGACUCAAAACGUGACAAAAGAUCUGCAGCAAUCAACAAAAGUAACGAUCGUAGACAGAAGAAAUCUCCGGAAAAUGCUGCAACUUCAACCGUUGAAUCAUCACAAACGUCAUCAAAAGUUGUCACAAUUAAUAACAAAGAAAAAAACGAUGGCGCGAAGAAAGCUAAAAUUAUUGCACAGCCAAUGUUUAAAGCGACAUUUAAAUCAGUUGACGGAAAUUCAGAUGAUAAACAAAAAGAUGGAAUUUCAAUUACACAACCACAAGCAAAAGAUGAUCGUGUUCGCAUAGUUCGCAGUUCAGUGAUUGAAAGAGCUGAGACCGUUAAAAAUCAAGAGAAGGGAAAGGAUAUUGACGCCAAUAAACGACCAGCCAUAAUGAAACGUUUAGGUGGAUACAUCAAAGAACCGAAGGCUUCUAAGGCAUGGGCUAAAGAACAGAUUGUUCAAAUUUUGUGCGAAAAUCUCUUGAGAGAUAUAAGAAAGGGUUAAAAAAAUCGACGAUAGAUGAUUAAGAAUGAACACUUAAUAAGUCUGAACACUCAACAACACCCAAGAACACUCAAGAUUAUAUAUUUAGCAUUGAAAAUAGGCAGUUUGAAACGCUUAAAAAUGAAUGGCUUAGAAAGCUUUUAAUUGAAUUCGUAACUGGAAAGGAAAGAAGAAAAAACUUAAGAAAACUGUGAACUUUUUAACUUUUUUUAUUUCUUAAUGCUACAACAUUGUAAUCACAUUAAUUUUUGAGGGUUUCACGGUUUCUCGAUUACUUGCAAUUUCUUUUCAUCUUUUUUUUGUUUCUCUUCUUAUUGUGACAAGGAGAAGGUGGAAAAGAAAGAAAUAUAACUUCAAUUAGUACAAUUCUCAUGACACUUUCAAGCUGGAACUUCAUUUGAUGUAAGAAAAUUUUCUUUCUUUUUCCACCUCCAUCAUUUCUUUUUACAUUUCUUCAUAAACAUUUUAUUUUCUUAAUUUAUAAAUCGAGAAACCACUCACUUAAUAGAUUUGGAAAUCCAGAUUGAAACUCAAGCUAAAACAAAAGAAACAAGAAGAAUUUAUUUUGUAGCCCAAAGAUGAAAAACCUUUUUUUAUUAUAUUUAUUAUCUUUUUUUUGUUCUUUAUUUUCUUAAACCUGCCAUAAAACUUUGUGUAAAUAUUUUUAUAUGUUUAAUCUGUGAUAGUUUUGCUCUCAGAGUCAGAAACGAGAAAUUUUCUUACUUCUGAGAUGUUGUCUCAUGUUGAGUGUUUAAUUAUAAACGAAAGCAAUUUUUGUUAUUUGAUAAAUCUUUUAUGAGUGCAUGACAUAUUUAAUAAAAAAAUUAAAUCAAUAAAUAAUUUUAAUAAAAUGAAAUGUAAUUGCAAAUCAUCAAAAUACUUAGAAAUUAUUAAGAAAAGAAGAAGAAAAAAUGUGAUAAUUAACAGCUGUGAUGAGUUUCAUUAUCUAACCGA